ACCAAACAGAGAACACACACAUUUUCAGAGUCACAAAAAUUACGAUUCCGACUGUCAAAUCCAUAGCUUUCCCAACCAACCCAUCUUCUUCUUCUCCUCCCAAUUUUGUUUUCUUCAAUUUCCACACGUCUUCUACUCGCUUUGAAGUCACUUCUCAAUCCCUCUCCCCAUUCUUUCACAUACUUAUAUAGCUUCCAAAUCCACCACACCCCAAAACCGAAACCCAAAAGAUCACAACCCAUUAGUGAAACGAAGCUUGAGUCUUUAGAAUUAGAACCAAUACCAAAACAAUGGCUGAUCUAGAAGGAGGAGGGCCGCCAAAAGCCAGAAGCAACGGUUACAACAACCACAACAACCACCCGAACCAGUACUAUGUCGGAACUUCCGAGUCUUCGUGGACGUCGUGGUUGGUUCCUAUGUUUGUAGUUGCCAAUGUUGUUGUCUUUAUUGUAACCAUGUUUGUGAACAAUUGUCCCAAGAACAACUUGGGUUUCGAAGGCAAGUGUGUGGCCAGGUUUCUCGGCAGGCUUUCGUUUGAGCCUUUGAAAGAGAACCCGCUGUUUGGUCCUUCUUCUGAUACAUUGGAAAAAAUGGGAGGCCUGCAGUGGUACAAGGUUGUACAUGGGAAUGAAGCAUGGAGGCUUCUCACUUGUAUUUGGUUGCAUGCCGGUGUCAUUCAUGUGCUUGCAAACAUGCUGAGCUUGGUCUUUAUUGGCAUCCGUCUGGAACAGCAAUUCGGCUUUGUUCGCGUGGGGAUAAUCUACCUGUUGUCGGGUCUUGGUGGGAGCAUAUUAUCUGCCCUUUUUCUUCAGAAUAAUAACAAUAUUUCAGUUGGUGCUUCUGGCGCUUUAUUUGGACUUCUUGGAGCUAUGUUAUCAGAGCUUCUCACAAACUGGAGUAUCUAUACUAACAAGGCUGCAGCUCUUUUCACUCUUGUAAUCAUCAUUGCCAUCAACUUAGCAGUUGGGAUUCUUCCUCAUGUUGACAACUUUGCUCACAUUGGAGGAUUUAUGUCUGGUUUUCUCCUUGGUUUUGUACUGCUAUUUCGUCCCCAGUUUGGAUGGAUGGAGAGUCGGAAUCUACCAGCUGGUGCUCGUGUCAAAUCUAAGUACAAGGCUUAUCAAGUGGUUCUUUGUGUGCUUGCGCUUGCCUUGGUGAUUGUUUGGUAUACUGUGGGAUUGGUGAUGCUGUUCAGAGGAGAGAAUGGAAACGAGCACUGCAGCUGGUGUCAUUACCUGAGUUGUGUUCCAACCAAACAUUGGAAGUGUAACAACACAAGCUGAUGAGCUAUCCCACAUCUACAAUUCAACUUCCAUCUUGACCUCGAUGUCUUGCUCUAUUCUUUUUCUUGUUCUUUCAUGUGUUAUAAUUUCAUCGGCAGACUUUCACUGAUGUACAUGCAUAGUUUGUGAGCACAUGAGAUAUUCUAGUGUGCGUGGAACCUGGAGAUAGUAAUGUAUAUUAGAUCAGGGUGUCUUUACCAUAUAUACAUAUGAUAUGCUCUUAUAUACAAGAUGGAUUUCUUCAUUCUUUAUACAUGUGAUUAUUG